UUAGCUGUAUGGUUUGCUUUGGUGUUUCUGCAAUUUCUCGGCAUCUUUGUAAAUUAGUUAAUAUGUCGAAGAGCGCACUGGUUAUUUUGGCUCCCGGGGCCGAGGAAAUGGAGUUUAUCAUAGCCACCGAUGUUUUGAGACGUGCCGGGAUCAAGGUCACCGUGGCCGGACUAAACGAUGCGGAGCCGGUGAAAUGCUCUCGGGAUGUUCAGAUAGUUCCUGACACCUCGCUGGCCAAAGUAUCUGCGGAUAAGUUCGACGUGGUGGUACUUCCUGGAGGACUGGGUGGUUCCAAUGCCAUGGGGGAGUCCUCGGUGGUUGGGGAAGUCUUGAAGAAUCAGGAAUCCAAUGGCGGACUCAUCGCCGCCAUUUGUGCUGCCCCUACAGUGUUGGCCAAACAUGGAAUCGCGUCCGGAAAGUCCCUCACCUCGUAUCCCUCGAUGAAACCCCAGCUAGUUGAUAAAUACAGCUAUGUGGACGACAAGAACGUAGUUAAGGAUGGAAAUCUCAUAACCAGUCGAGGUCCUGGAACUUCUUUUGAGUUUGCUCUUAAGAUAGCCGAAGAACUCGCAGGAAAGGAAAAGGUCCAGGAGGUUGCAAAGGGUCUGCUGGUAGCCUACAAUUAAAUCACAUUAAUGCCGCAAUCGGAGAUUCUUGGUUAAUAUUUAUUAAAGCCCUGUCAUACAAUUAAGUUCUAUAACAUUGAUGUAAUCAUGAACUGAAUUAAAAUUAUGUCGAGCAAAGCAA